GUAGUUUUGACAAAUGAGAUAAUAUAUCAUAGAAAAUUGAUUAUAAAUCAUCAUUAUCAUACAAUUUUUACUGGGUAUUUAAGUUAGCAGAAUUUACCUGAAAUGAGAUUUGUUUUGAUAUUUCGGCAUACCAUUAUAUAUGUGUUUUUGUCAGUAUUCGUAGAAGAUGCCUUUUGUGGCUGUGGAUGUGAUGGAAAUAGAAAAAAUUCGCUCACCAACACUAUUUCCCAACGUUCAUUAUUUUAUCAAAAUAUUAUUUCACAGGACACAUGCUCAAAUGUAAACUUCCAAUAUUCCAACAUGACUCUCAUUCCUACUGGGAUAUAUGAGAUUGGAACCGAUAAAAGGUAUUUACUUGUUGAUAAAGAACCUCUUGUCACAAAUGUAUCUUUAAAAUCAUUUUAUAUUGAUAAAUAUGAGGUGACAAAUAGACAAUUUAAUGAAUUUGUAAAAGCUACUAAAUAUGUUACGGAAGCAGAAAAAUUUGGAGACAGCUUUGUGUUUAAAUCGUUUCUACGACCAGAAACACAGAAGCAAUACAAGGAUUUCAGAGUUGUUGGAUCGCCUUGGUGGUAUAAAAUACCAUUAGCUAAUUGGUUUCAACCCGAAGGAACUGGUUCAAAUAUAAAUUCACCUGAUCGCUGGGACCAUCCAGUAGUACAUAUUUCUUGGAAUGACGCAGUAUCAUAUUGCAAAUGGAGAAAUGGAAGCCUGCCUACUGAGCAUGAAUGGGAAAUAGCGUGCAAAGGAAAAAAACGUAAUAAAUUGUAUCCUUGGGGUAAUAAACUUGUACCACAAGGAAAACACAGGAUGAAUGUUUGGCAAGGACAAUUUCCACAUCAUAAUACCAAGGAAGAUGGUUGGGUGGGAACAAGCCCUGUGGGAACUUAUCCUGCAAAUGAUUUCAACAUAUUUGAUAUUACUGGCAAUGUAUGGGAAUGGACUAGUGAUUUAUGGGAUCCACAUAAUCCAAAGGUAAGAAGACAUGUAUGGCAUACAAAAUGUUGUAAUGUGUGUAUAUUAUCUGAUAUAUUUCAGUCUAAUGAACGAGUGAAGAAAGGUGGCUCUUACUUAUGCCAUGAGAGCUAUUGCAACCGAUAUCGUUGUUCUGCAAGAUCACAGAAUACAGCGGACAGUACAGCUGGAAAUUUAGGUUUUCGAUGUUGUUUACAUCCAUGAAUACAAUUUAAUUUUGUAUGAAUCAACAGAAAAAUGUAUAUAUUUUAUGGCUUAAAGGAA